UGUUUUGAGGUGCUCAUUGUCCAGGUGUUUUGUUUAUUUUUUAAAAUUUUCUUUCAUAGGAAAUUGCAGUUCUAUUUUACCUACAGUACUUCUAAUGAACAGCAGCUUCUUUUGUAGCUCUUGUUAUGAACCUUUUACAUUUUAAUGUUUUGAAAUUAAAAGAUCCUGUCAUUAAAGUAUUUUUUAAAAAGCCAUUAAGGGAACCAUAUUAGCUUUUCAUUCCACAAAUAUUUAUUGAGCACAUUUAUGUAAGGCACCCUUCUACCUAUUCUGAAUACUAUAUGUAUGAGACACAAUCUGACCCUCCUGGAAGCUUACAUGGGAGGCAUACACAUUAUGGAAGUGGUGAGGAAAUAAAACAGUUUUUAAAAUGUAGCUCUUUGAGGGAUUAUUGGAUCAAUGAUUGAUUAGUUGAAUAUCCUUUCAUAAUAUAAUUUGGAAAAAUAGAUCUGCCAAUGUUAUUUUGUAAUCUAUGCUUACUUUGAUUGCAUACUUUCAUGCAGUUUUGGGGUUAACUGAUGACCCAGGAGAGAAAUCUUUACAGAUUUUACCAAGACUGUGAGUAUAGUCAUCAGUUGCUUUAAAAAUAGUUUGUAUCAGAAAUUCCCUCGCUGUCCAGUGGGUGGGAUUCUGCAGUCUCACUGCCUGGACCUGGGUUCCAUCCUUGGUCUGGGAACUAAGAUCCCACAAGGCCACAUGACCAAAAGAGAAAUAAAAAUAAGUUGUUAUCUAUUUGGCCAUUGAGCUAAACCUUUAGGUAGAAAGAAUACCAGCUUCCUCUAUAUGGGAAAAGAAUAUGAAAAAAAAAAAUAGACAUGUGUAUGUAUAACUAAAUCACUUUGCUCUACACCCGAAAUGAACACGACACUGCAAAUCAACUGUACUCCAAUAUAAAAAUUAAGACAAGAGCUUCCCUGGUGUUUUUUUUUUUUUGAGUACCUGUUAAGUAACAGACUUUGAGCCUUAUGCUUUAAUCUUCGUAAUUAUGGGGGUAUUUUUCAUUUAUAUGGGAGGAAAUUCCAUCAAUUUGGCCGGUUAUUUAGCUUGUAAAUGUCAAAGAUUCAGAUGUAGUUGAUAUGAUUAUAAAGUCUGUGCAUUUUCUAAUUUCAUAUUAGAAAGGCAGUUGGGCUGGCAAAUUUCCUGUUAAGUAAUAAGUAAAGAAGUGCAUGUUUCUGAAAUAUAUGCUUAUCCUUCUGUUAAUAGCUAUAUGGGAUAAUACAGAGGUUGUGUAUGUUGGAGCCAGGCAGAUAUUUUUAAUCAGCUCAUAGCCAUAGAACCUGCUCUGGAGACUCCCCAUUUUCAUAGCUGUAUACUGGAACAUAGUAAGCUCUGAGGCCUUGGUUCUUGCCUCUUCAGUGAGAUAUCAGAAAAUAAUUAACAUUUGGCAGGCUACUAGGUGCAUCAUUGUAUGUGUGCUUUUCUUCCAAUGGGCCAGUUAAUGCUUUUAUUAAUUUUUUUAUUCUGACAUGUGUGGCACAGAAAUGUCUUUUAAAGUUGGAAGAGUUGUUAAUUUUUUUAUUCUGACAUGUGUGGCACAGAAAUGUCUUUUAAAGUUGGAAGAGUUGUUCAUGUAGAAAGAGUGUCUGAUCUAGAGUACAGGAUUUUAUAUAUAUAUGGAUUGAUCAAGAGUUUGCUUUUUGUAAGCAUUUGUUUGACAUUCUUUACCUUCCUGUCAUUGAAUUAUUUUUUGCUUUAUUUUUAGAGUUAUUUGAUUGAAGAAGACAUUUUUGAAGAGAAUCUUUUUGUGGAAAAGGAGCAGGACACAUGUAAUUAAAAAAAAAACCUAAAGAAAAGAAAGUGGUGCUGAAUGGUACAUUGAUCUGGACAGAGUUUCAGGGUACAUGGGUGCUGACUUCUAGCAUCUGCCUCUCCAGUUAACACCUUGACUUUGGGCAAAUUUCUUUGCCUGUCUGGGAUUCAGUCUCUAGUCUUUAUGAGGCUAAUUCAUUUUGACUUAAGGUGAUUCACUUUACACACAAAUAAGCAAACAAACUUUACACCUCAGUUUAUAGACCUAAAUAGGGUGACCAAGUGGUCUGGUUUUCCUGUACCAUCCUAUACAGGUACCUGGUUUCCUGUACCUGGUUUGAUUGUUAAUCUCCUUUCUUUAUUCAGAGUAGCUUGCUUUGGCAAGUAAAAAACAUGGUCACCCUAAAAAUGAGGAUAUUUGAAUAUCUAGUUAAAACAGAUUUUGUGUAGUGUUUAUUUGAAACUGAAUGGCUUUAAGUUGAGGCUUGCAUUAUUUAGUUUAUUCUAGGCCUAUCCACUAUUUUAUCCUCAGCUCUCUUAGGUAGUUUAAAUUAACCCUGUCUACUGCUGAAUUCAUUAGCAAAGUCUAAUGACAGUAGUCUAAUAACUAGCAGAUAAAGUAAUCAAGUAACUCCCAAAUUUAGUUUGGUUUUCCUAUUGUCUUUUCUUCCUUAACCUUAUGCUUUUGAAAUUUUGACUUUGGUAUGUUUGUUUCUUCAUUUACCAUUAUAUAGUAUUAUAUAAUAAGCAUUCCUUCAGGUUGCUAGCUAAACUGUCUUAAUGCUUAUUUUAGACAGAAUAAUCAUUGGUUGUACAAUAUUUGUUUAAUUUUCUUAUGGUAAAUGAACAUCCAUGGUAUUAUGGUAAGUGGAUGUUCCUUGCUCUGACAUGUAUCACCUGUUAGCCAGAUUUGUUUUAUCAUACGCACACCUCCACUGGGUUAUUUUCAAGCAAAUCAUAAACAUAUCAUUUUACCAUAAAUAUUUUGGUACAGAUCCCUAAAAAGAUAAGGGCUUUAAAAAUUUAACUGUACUACUGUUGUACAUCUGAUAUGGUAGUAGUUCCUUUACAUCAUCAUAUAUGCAGUCAGCAUCUCAAAAUUAACAUCUAAGUUUUGUUCAAAUCAGAAUUCAAGUAAAGUUUAUCCAUUGCAAUUGGUUAAGUUUCCUAAGGUUUUCAUCUGUAGUUCUCCUGCCAUUACUUUUAUUCCCUUGCAGUUUAUUUGUUAAUUCAUAGCCUUUUUGGUAGAAUUUUCCACAUUGUGAGUUUCUUCCAAUUGCAUCCCCUUGGAUGCAUUUCCAUAACAUUUUAAAAAUAGUUCUUUUCCCUCAGGAGUAAACAGAUGGGACAACUGUAGCCCCCUACAGGCCCCCACGGGCCUUGUUUUGGGUCAGUAGAAAUGAUACGAUAUCUCUUGCCUGCCUGCUGACUUCUGGGCCUCUCCCUUAAACACACCUCCAACUUGAGUAAUUCCAAACAUAGAAAAGUUUAACCAGGCAAGAUAACUUGCUGAGGACAAAAGCCUUCAGCCAGAGCUUCUGAACAUGUAGUUUCUCAGGCUUCUCAAUCUAUACUUGAAACAAAAGAAGUCUUUCUGUAAGUUGUGAUUGACUCUUUGCCUCACCAGGCUUCUCUGUCCAUGGGAUUCUCCAGACAAGAAUACUGGAGUGGGUUGCUGUUUCCUUCUCCAGGAGAUCUUCCUGAUCCAGGGAUCGAACUCAAGUCUCCUGCUUGGCAGGCGGAUUCUUUAUCACUGAGCCUUUUGAAGGGACAUAUGAGACCUGUGUUUUCUUUCUAUGAGAGGGAUCUUUAAACUGUUCAUUACUAUUCUUCACAUCUUUAAAGUUAUAAAACCACGUUGAAGUCCUGAAAAAUCUUUCUGAUCCCAAUAUUUUGGGCACUGAUAUAAAUUAAAGGUAUUAAGGAUUGUAGCUAGUUGUAUUUUGGAAAUGAUCUUUUACAAAUACUGACUUGUGUGUGUUUGCAGGUUGCAUUAACAAGAACAGGUGAUUUCUUUAGACAACUUCAUAUUUCACUAAAUUCUUAAGACAGUUUAUAGAUUUACUUGUUUUUUUAAGGAAAUAUAAACCAAGACAAUGAUUUUUUUUCUUUACAGACAUCAUGAAACGUAUGGUGCAAUAGCCCUACUUUUGGUGGGAAAAUAUACAGCCAUUCUGGUGAAGCAGUGAGUAGUGGUAUGAGUAGCUUAUACUAAGUGUACAGGUUGAGAAUUUAGGCCCUGAAGUAGUAUGCUUGAAUGAUUGUGUUGAGUUGUGCAUAUUUAAAACACUUAAAAAUAUUUUUGAUUAUUCUGCUUGUAUCCAAAUGUGUUGAUAAAGAAUUUUCAUAGUAAAAUAGUAGAGAUGAGUGCCAAUCACGUUGACCCAGGCAGCUUUAGGACAGCCACUGCUGUACUUGUGAAUAUAUAUUGUAUUGAGAGCGAGCUCUUCAUUGCUGGUUGGACUGCAGUGAUUUUUUUGGAAGUGAUUAAUUAUUGAACAUUAAAAGUCUAGUUUGAAUGUAAAGAAUCUUGUAAUAUCAUAGUAUUUAAAAUGAAUUUUACGGACUAGAUAACUAGAUGUUUACACACAGAUUAUGCCAGGCAUGUUUUAUUGGAGUUGGGUCUCCAAUAAAAUGAAGUUAAAUUUCAGCCUUUUAUGUGUGAAUAAGACCACACUUCACUGUGUGCUGUCUUAAAGCAAACCUCUUGAUGGAACUAGGUUUAUUCUUCCUAAGAUCAGCUUUUCUGUGGGGGACCAUUAAAGAAUUUGUGUUCAUCUUCUCUGUUAUGGCUGAGUUAAUUUCACAUUGAUUAAAAAUGAAAGAUAUUUUAGUAGUUAACUUAUGCCUCUGAAGUACAUCCUUGUUUCUUGAUAUUUAUUGGUCCCAUUCUAAAUUCCCUCAUUAGUUCAGGCACACCAGCAGAACAGAGCUUGCUUUAGUGGCAGACCAUGCAGGAAAGUGGAGGUUAAAAUUAUACUGUGGAUGGAUUUAAUAGUGUUUUGGCUAAAAUCUUUUGGGCAGUUUUUCUCAAAACAAAUGUGCUUUAAGAUUCCUGAGCUUCACUCCACCAAUUUGUUUUUAACAAGCUGAUUCUGAUACAGAUGAUUCUUAGAGCAUAUUUGGAGAUAACUGACUUUGAGGGGUAGUUUUGCCAAGAUAGUAGGACCAUAAAUUUGUUAAACCUGUUUUUAAAGUUAUUGGGUAAUUUGAUAGGAAUGUAGUUACGAAGUAAGCAAUACAUGGGCCACUUGGGUGGCAGAUCCAGAUCCUUUGUGUAGAACUGGUAAUUAGACUUGCAAAUUGUUCCUUAAGUCUGGUUGCCCACUAGAAGUUUAAGAAGUCAAUUUUUGUCUCUUUACCUUUGGACCAAGUAGCCUUAACAGAAUUGUGGGUUUUUUAACCUUUUAAAACACAUAAUUCCUAUAAUAUUUGAGAUCUCUUUUCUGUUUAUUCCCACCAUCUAAGAAGGCCUUCACUUUCAUGCAUUGGAGAAGGAAAUGGCAGCCCACUCCAGUGUUCUUGCCUGGAGAAUCCCAGGGAGGGUGGAGCCUGGUGGGCUGCCUCUUUGGGGUUGCACAGAAUUGGACACAACUGAAGUGACUUAGUAGCAGCAGCAGCAGCAAGAAGGUUGCCAAGCUUUACUUUCUAUAAUUAACAGUAGUUACUAUGUAUUUCCCACUCCCAUUCUAGGCACUGUGCCAGGUACUUUGUAUAUAUUGUUUCAUUUUACUCUAGGAAGUCCAAUGAAGUUAAAUUUUAUUAAUCCUCAUUUCACAGAUUAAGACACUAAGGCUCAGAGAUUAAGUUAAUUGCCUAAAACUGUAAGUGGUAGGAAUUAGUAGGUGUAUUGAAGACACCUUUUUGCUCAUGGAAUAAGAUGAAGAGCUGAUAGUGGUUUGUGAGAACCACAUUUUGUGAUUUGAAUAGGAAAGCACUGAGGAAUUGAGGAACCUUUUUUUUUUUUUUUUUUUAAGUCUUUAUUGGAUUUGUUACAAUAUUGCUUCUGUUUUUACAUUUUGGUGUUUUGGCCAAGAGGCAUAUGGGAUCUUAACUUCUCAAGGAGGGAUGAACCUCCCUGCCCUGCAUUGGAAGGCGAAGUCUUAACCACUGGACCAUGAGGGAAGUCCUCGAGGAUGCAUUUUUGAAUGACAUACAAUUUUUUAAGAUUUACAGACAGCCCUGUUCUAAUUCUAAUACAUUUAACUAUUUUUUCCUAUUACCAUUUAGCUUACAGUUUUGGUGGGGAGUUACCCUGGUAGGUAGAAAAGGCAGAGCGCUCUGUUCUCACUCCACCAAAAGUAGCUGCUUGACUUUAAAAUGUGAACUGCUUUUCAGUUAGUUCAAUGUAGUGAACUCUUUGGGGCAUUUUUGAAACUGGGGUUUCUUCUUCAUAUAUGGUCCUAGGUCUUAAAUGUUUUGCCUUGGUUGGCCUGGUCCUGGCAACAGUUGAGUCCACUUCAUGGGAGGAAUCACAAAAUGUCAGAUUGGAAGCUUGUUGAGCACAAGAUCAGCAUUGAUUAAGUGCUGGAUGAUUGAAUUGGAAAAGACUUUAAAGACUAACCUAUAGUUUGGGCCCCAUGGGAUCCCUGUGACAGUGUUUCCCAAAAGGGAAUAUAAGGAUAAACCCGAAGCCAUGCAGCUCCAAAGUAAUACAUUCCAAGAAGGGACAGAAGUCAAGCGUGAAGUGAAUGGUGCUGUUCUCAACGACCCUUCUCCUGUCCCACCUCCUGAGCUCAGCUUGGCCGAAAGCCUGUGGACUUCCAAACCACCACCUCUCUUCCAUGAAGGAGCACCUUAUCCUCCCCCUUUGUUUAUCAGGGACACAUAUAACCAAUCAAUACCUCAGCCGCCUCCCCGGAAAAUUAAGCGACCCAAACGAAAAAUGUACAGGGAAGAACCUACUUCAAUAAUGAAUGCUAUUAAACUACGACCCAGGCAAGUUUUGUGUGACAAGUGUAAAAACAGUGUUGUUGCUGAUAAAAAAGAAAUUAGAAAAGGUGGUAGUGCAAGUGACUCUUCUAAAUAUGAAGAUAAAAAACGGAGAAAUGAAAGUGUAACUACUGUGAAUAAAAAACUGAAAACUGACCAUAAGGUGGAUGGGAGAAACCAAAAUGAAAGCCAGAAAAGAAAUGCUGUGGUUAAGGUUUCAAAUAUUACUCACAGCAGAGGCAGAGUAGUCAAAGUUUCUGCUCAGGCAAAUACAUCAAAAGCUCAGUUAAAUACUAAAAAAGUGCUCCAGAAUAAAAACAUGGAUCAUGCAAAAGCUCGGGAAGUGCUGAAAAUUGCCAAAGAAAAGGCACAGAAGAAGCAGAGUGAAACCUCUACAUCCAGAAGUGCGCAUUCAAAGGUCCAUUUCACACGUCGAUACCAGAACCCUAGCUCAGGCUCUCUUCCACCCCGGGUUCGUUUAAAGCCCCAGAGAUACAGGAAUGAAGAAAAUGACUCUUCUCUGAAGACCGGGCUGGAGAAAAUGCGAAGCAGCAAGAUGGCACCCAAGCCCCAGUCCCGUUGCACCUCUACCCGCUCAGCAGGUGAGGCCCCUUCAGAAAGUCAGAGUCCCUCCAAAGGCCCUGAAGAGGCCAGCAGUGGGGUUCAGGACACAACUGAAGUGCUUGUGCCUGGUGAGCAGGAGGAACCGCAGACCCUGGGCAGAAAGGGCAGCAAAAGCAGUAUCUCUGUUUACAUGACCCUAAAUCAAAAGAAAUCUGACUCUUCCAGUGCUUCAGUGUGUAGCAUUGAUAGCACAGAUGAUUUGAAAUCCUCCAACUCUGAGUGUAGUUCUUCUGAAAGUUUUGAUUUUCCUCCAGGCUGUAUGCAUGCACCUUCCACCUCCACUUCCUCCUCUUCAAAGGAAGAGAAAAAGCUCAGUAAUUCCUUGAAAAUGAAAGUCUUUUCCAAAAACGUCUCUAAGUGCGUCACACCAGAUGGCAGGACCAUAUGUGUAGGGGACAUUGUCUGGGCCAAGAUAUAUGGCUUCCCCUGGUGGCCAGCCCGUAUUCUUACCAUAACUGUGAGCCGGAAAGAUAGCGGUCUUUUAGUCCGACAGGAGGCCCGUAUUUCAUGGUUUGGGUCUCCAACAACAUCUUUUCUGGCUCUUUCGCAACUCUCCCCCUUUUUAGAAAACUUCCAGUCACGCUUUAAUAAGAAGAGAAAGGGCCUGUAUCGCAAGGCUAUCACAGAGGCAGCUAAGGCUGCCAAGCAGCUGACCCCUGAAGUGCGGGCUCUGCUGACACAGUUUGAAACGUGAACAUGGACAGUAAGGUAGGCAAGAACCUUUGGGAGGCGCCCAGGUUUUCUAGUCUAGUGAGGGGGUAACUUCUAUAAGACAGCUUGGCCAAACCCGAGAGAGACUGCACUCAGCUGGCUGCUUUUUUAUACUUAACCUUAUAGCCAUUUUUAGACAGAAGCUUAAACUGAACAAGCAAUCAAAUUUUGUCUUUAGGAAAGGAGAUUUUAGCAGUAUUUUUCAGUUUUGAAGUCUAAAACCAUCCCAGGCAUUGGAGCCAUAGCCUGAACUGAAAAUGAAUUUUUGCAGGGACUGUUAAUUGCCAUUUGUACCUAGUACUGUGUGUAUGUGUAUAUGUAUACACACACGUACGUGUAUGUGUGUACAUAGAUGCAUACAUAUAUAAAAUAUCGCCUGUCACUGUGUGACACAGGUUGCAUAUCUGGGAUCUUAAGGGCUGGUGAGCUGGGGGGAACAGUGAGGAUAUUUAAUGACUUCUUGUUUUUUAAUUAACCAGUACUUUCUAUGUGCAUAAUGGCACAGGAGUUUGACUUGGAUGUCUGACAAACUGCGAUGCUUGCUGUUGAGUUGCAGACUGGGGAAGCAGCCCAGUACUGAGGAUUAAGACUGUAAAGGCUGACUAGGUCUGAAUCAUCGCACCCUCUCUCUUGUCCAGUGGGGACUUAAAAACUUUCAAACUUCUGGUUUGGGAGUUUAGAUAGGUUUGUCUUUGGAUAUGUAAAUAGUUGAUUGCUAAAUUUGGUCAGAUUUCUCCUGACUGACUGGCUGUUCCUAAAUUCUUAGGAUACGUCCCGAUAAAUUACACUUUGUGAAUUAAUUGUCAUAUAUGUAAUUGUUGCAUUCUGGAUGUACCUAGUUUGAUAAUUUUUAAAAAAAAUUUCCGUUUAAGGUUAUCUGUUUGCAGGUCAGAAAAUGAGAAACUGUAAUUGUGUAAUGCUUUGAAAUGUAAAAAAAAAAAAAGCUGUAAAUAAAAUCGACUAAAUCC